AAGGAAAGUGGGCGUGUUCCUGACUCACUGAGUCUGCGCGUGGUUUCUCCAAAACAUCCCCACAGGCGACUUGAUCUACUCUAAAAGUCUGGCCACCAUUCAGGUUUGACGUCCGGUUCCUCGCUAAAACAAGGCUUGAAGUGCGUGGCUCUUUUAAUCGGCUUCAUUGUGAACUUCCCGCACUUCGUUCGGCUCGGAGAUGUUCGCCACGGCCACCAGGAACUUCGUGCAGGAGGUGGAUCGGGGGGGUCUGCUGAUCCCGGUGUCCAGCCUGAAUGACACGAUUGCUCUUCUGACGGUGGUGGUGAAACGCAAUCGUUUCUGGCUGUGGCAGAAGGCCAAGUACAUUCCAACCGACUUCACCCUCAAUGACAUACUAGCAGGAGACACACCUAUACAGCCAGGCGUCAUGGAGACAGAUUUCAUCAAAUACGAAGGGACUUUUGGGGACAACAUUCAGGCAACUGUUGACGCAAACUUUGUCAGCGCCAAUGUGAGCCUGGAGGGCAAAGAGUCGUCCAAGCUGCAGUCCUCCUUCGGCAGUUUAAAAAAAGAAGAACUGGAGGUGCAGAAGUUGCUGCGAGACUGCAAAGAGAGGAUCCUGGAUAUGUCCCACGGGCUGAUCCAGCAGACAAAGGAGAAGCCCAGGCGGGUUUUUGGGAUCGUGAAGGAGCGUAUUUUGACCACUCAGCCCUGUUCAGUCAUCGAGGAGGUGCAGCAGGGAGCACAGUUUGCAGGAGGACUGACCCUCUGCGGGCGCAGGUGCACUAAGGUUUCCUUGAAAGAGAACGGGAGCUUGAGUAAAGACAGUAACAUCACCAUGGAGAUUCCCGUCCUCACUCCCAUUGCAUAUUCCCUUAUAGAGCUGGAGAUCAACCACGAUGGGCGCUAUGAGCUGUGUCUGAUGUCAUACACCAGUGGAUUUUUGGAAGUAGACGGCCUCGCGGGGAAAGGACUGGGGAGCGUCGGAGCUGCCGCCUCCGGGAGCAGCCACCUUAGACAAGAGCUGGAGCAACUGAGAGAUCAUUUCCAGGUGCUCGCCUCUCUUCCUGCCACCACGAGGUCUUCUCUACUCCAACAAAUCACACAAGUUAUGGCUGACCGACGGGCCCUGGCCUCGCUGCAGAAUGUGUUGGAACAGAUGUGCAUUGAUAAGACACCUGCCGCGGAGGAUGCCACAACACCAGAGUCCCAAAAGCAGAGCUUCCGAGCCAUUUUGGACCUUUUGGAGCAGCGUGGUCAAGUGGAUUCCAGACCCGCCGUCUCCGCGUUUCACCUUAUCACCAGCGCCAUGGAUGAGAUGACAGACGAUUGUCUUUCUCUUUUGGGAAUGUGCUGUAGCCUCACUGUGCUACCGGCUCUGGAGAUACUGGUGCAGUGUGUAUCGGGGAAGGGGGAGUUGCCCCUGAGCAGCGCAGGCCUGGCCGCCUUGCCGGGAGACGUCUAUGAAGUGACUGAACGUCUGUUUGCCUCCUCCAAUGUGUCUCUGACCACAGAUGGAGGCUCAGUGAAGACCAGAAUAAGCAGCCUGCCAGUUUGCCCUGCUUUGGUCCUCUGCAUUGCUGUCAGAGGUCUCGCCUCGUUGGCCCACCGUGAAUGAACUGAAGACCCCGGAACGGGAGCCAACAACGUCAAACGUUACAGUGGAAUGAUGUAUGAGGGGAACAAGUGGAUCAAGUGCUAUCUAUCAGGAUCUUUUCUUUCUUCUCUCCACUAGGACUAUUUUUUCUGUAGGACAAUUACUGCACAUACAUAUUAUAGUGCUGAAACAAUAAGUUAGUAAAUGUUUUUUUUUUUUAUCCAUGACAAAUGUUGAACAAGUGGAUAAUCCAUUGAUUUAGGUAACUGAUUUUGGAUUUUCAAUGGACCAAACAACCCUUUAAAAGAUGGUCCUGCAGGCUCUAGUAAAGUGUGAGGGACAUUUUCCUCUGAUUUUAUAUGAAAAUGUGUGAUUUUUCACUUUUUUUAAAGAAGGCAAUGAAAUCCUAAAAUGAUUCUUUGACUCCAUUCGUCACUUUUAAGUAAGAGAGAUGUACAAUGUGUGCUACAAGUUAAGACACGCCUUCAAGCCAAUCAAAGGCGAGGAAUUUUCGUUGCAAUGAUAUAGUUAUAUAACUAACUAAAUAGGACACAGUAUACAUGAAAGAGGACGGGUAACGUCAGUGGGCCAGAUCCAUUAAAGUGAACAAAUCUGUUGUUUUCCCUUCAACUGCAAAUUGUUCAAAAAAAUAAUACAAAUACUUUUCUGAUAUUUCAAUGGUGUUUUUAUUCUCUAAAAGUAAAGUUGCUGACAAAAAAACAAAACGACAGGAAAUAUUUUACAUUCAUACGUGUUCCUGCAAUGACAGGUAAGUGGAAAAAAGCAGUCCUUGAAGUUUGUGUUUUAUGUGGGAAGGAAAGGACAUCUGCUUAUCCAAGAUGUUUUAUUGUGGUGGUAAAAGACAGUCAUGUCAUCUCGACUACAUCAUUAGAUAACGUUUGAGGUUUAGGGCCAAAUACAUAAACUUU